UAUGGUCGCAAUGGUCUUCUCCGAAAUGUAAUAACACUUGUGGCAAAGGAUACAUGGUUGCCAUUGCUUCGUGCCAAGAUCAAGUAACCUAUCAUAUGUCGCAGAGGCAAGCCUGCCAUAGAUUGCAUCGGGCCGGGAUCAUUUUGGUGAGCCAGAACAUCUUUGAGGGAGUUACCUUGAAUUCCUUGCCCAUGACGAAAGGUGUGAACUUUUCCAGUUGUCCGGAUAGCUUCGGUAAAUGUUACUGCGAGGUAAACAUGGUCGAUGGAAUUAUGAGAGCGGCCAGGUUCACAGAACCUUGCAUUUCUACCGAAGGGUGCACCCAAAGCGAUACGGGAACAUUCACUUUCGAAGGAGAGUACGAUCCAGGCAGUAGCGCCGACUUCGACGAAGUUUACGAGGAUGAUGUUCGUGAAAGGUUCGGAGACACGCUUUUCUACUUGGAAUCGAUUAGACCAACGCAGCGACGUCUUCUGCGAGUUUACAGUUCCAGCGUAGAGUAUGAGUCACGCGAGGACAGAUCGCCGAAUAAGAACUCGAAGAGCAUCGGUGGAUAUCGUUCGGCCGUGAGACGUCGGUUCGACGAUGAUUUUGAUUACAACGAGGAGGACGAAAACAAAGAUACCAGUGACGGGAACGACGUCGGUGAAGACGGGAACGAUGAUGAUGAUGAUGGCGACGACGAGGACGAAGAGGAGAUCGGCCUCAGAGGCCCUGUGCAGGGUCUUCACAGACCCGGGAAACGUGCUCACGAGCCAAGGUCCGAUUAUGCGGCGAUUGAGGGUAAACGAGAGGUCAGUGAACCUAACAGGGAAGGGGCAAUGCAGAUCGCAUCCGCUGAAGACGACUGCGACGAUGAUUCCACGGAACCGCUGCAAUAUUACGAUUAUGACUCUGGAGGAAAUAAAUUCGGUGGAAUGCAAAUUAAGUUCGCCGUGAAAUUGAUGGCACUAAAUAUUUUGCUUUGGUGCAUCUUGUUUUAAUGGAUAAACGCGAAGAAAAUCGGAGAUGAAUAGAUAGGAAUACACAAUCAUUUUGAUGGAACU